GAUAUUUAAAAUUCAACGAAAUUAAAGGCAACAAACCAAAAACCAAGUCGAGAAAAAAAAAUGAUGAUAAACAAUUAAAAAUUUUUUUUAAACAAUCCAAUGCAAAACGCAUAUUACAACAUAAGUAAGAAAGAGAGAGAAAUCAAACAGAAAAAAAAAAAUAUUUUUUUCCCUCUUGCGGAAUAUUAUUGUUUAAUUACGUGCGAAUGUGUUGAAUUAAGGUACCAACAUUGCUAAGCGCAUUAACUUCAACUUAACUAAAAACAAAAAUAACAAAAAUCGUCAACAAAUUUGAAUUCGAACGUUGAAAUUAAAAUAUUAAAUUGACCUGAUGACUAUGGCAGAAGGAACUGACCCAAUUGGGCAUCAUGCACUAAAUUCACAUCAUCAACAUCACAAUAAUUUAAAUUUACAUCCACAUUUACAUGAAGCAGUGGCAAAUCAUUAUUUUAGCCAACAACAACAACAUUUUCUUCAGCAACAACAACAAAAUCAAACAAAUAACAAUCAUCCGUAUGUUGCAAAUAACAAUAUUCCAUGGAAGCAACGUAAACGUAAAAGAUUAUCUGCUGUCUUAGAUAAGUUACAUAAUAAUAAUAAUAAUAGUAAUAUUAAUAAUAAUAAUAGUAAUAUUAAUAAUAAUAAUGAUAGUACUAACAAUAAUAAUAUCAAAAGUGAGGCUAAAAUACAACGUUGCACAUCACCUUCACAAUACUCAACGAAAAAUGCCAGUAGUGGUGGUGAAGAAGAAUCAACAGAUGAAUUAUCUAAUCCAGAUGAUCAUAGUCCACGUAUACAUAACAGUAUUAGUCCAGGUAUUCAAAUGACAGAUGAUAGUGGUGUCGGCAGUGUUGGUGUUGGUGGUAUCGGCAGCGAUGGCAAUCAUCCAUUAAAUGUUGAUAUUAAGACUGAACCACUAGCUAGUCCAUAUGAUAGAUAUUUUCCAAUACCAUCACCAUUUUUUCAUUAUUACUUGCAUACAAAAUAUUUUAAUGACGUAUUUUGUCGUAAGGGUGAUAAUUUAUUUCCUCCGCCACCUAUUCAACCUCCAUUAAGACCAACAGAUAAUUUUUUGACGGAAAAUCAAAAUAUAUCGCAAAAAGCAAAAAAAUCCGAGUUACCAUCACCUCAAGAUAAACAAUCAAAUGAAAAUACAAUUGGAUCUCAUAUACAAAAUCAAAAUCAGAUAACAGAACAACAACAAUCUCACCUGCAAUCACAAAAUUUACAAAUACAAUCAGAAUCGCAAUCACAUACAAUUAAAAAAGAAUAUUUAUCAAAUAAUGAAAGUGUAACCGCCGAUCAAUGUCAAAUUAGUAGUAAUAAUGAUGAACUAGAUAAUUUACAACCGGUUGAUAUGCGAAAAACUCCUUCACCGAAGAAACCUGUUUUAAAAUUAUCAACGCCCACAAGUGAAUCAGAACAACAACUUCAACAGCAACAACAACUACAAUUAGCACAACAAUCAAGAGAUGGGGCAUUAAUGGCUCCACCACAAGAUCAACCAUUGGAUUUGUCAAUUAAAAAAUUUACUUCAUUAAGUAGAAGAUCAACACCAAUUCAAAAUACACAACAAUAUACAAAUUCUCCAAAUAAUUUUCAUUCACCAAUUAAUAAUAAUCAAAGGCAGUUAUCACCUUUACAAUUACAUCAACAAAUUAUGAAUUCUUCGUCAAAUAAUCAUACUCAACAUCAGUCACCAAUACCAUCGCCAUUAUUAGCGCCGCCACAUCGUUCAAAUGUGCAACAUUCACCAUCAUCUGUAUUACAAGCAGCUACUCCACCAAAUUUAGAUCCACGUAUGAUAAAAUGUGAAAUACCAAACAUGAUAGCUGGUCAUCAUGGUACUGUUGGCGUGCCAGUUAUUAAAGGUGAUGUUGCAUCACCUACAACUAAAGAAUCUGUUGCAUGGCGUUAUAAUUUAGAUGUAUCUCCAGUGGUUGAAGAAAUGCCACCGGGUUCUGAUGUUGCAUAUGUUUGUCCUGUAUGUGGCCAAAUGUUUUCAUUGCAUGAUCGUUUAGCUAAACAUAUGGCAUCACGGCAUAAAAGUCGAAACUCAUCAUCUGAUAUUGCAAAAGCAUACGCCUGUGAAGUUUGUAAUCGUUCAUUUGCAAGAUCUGAUAUGCUAACACGACAUAUGCGUCUUCAUACCGGUGUUAAACCAUAUACAUGUAAAGUUUGUGGUCAAGUAUUUUCACGUUCUGAUCAUUUGUCAACACAUCAACGUACACAUACUGGUGAAAAACCAUACAAAUGUCCACAAUGUCCAUAUGCUGCUUGCCGUCGUGAUAUGAUUACACGUCACAUGAGAACUCAUACACGUUAUGAAGCUCAACGAAAUGGUGCUAAUAAUAAUGUUUUAUCUGGAAAUAAUAAUGAUAAUAAAUCAUCAGUAUUGACCGAUGUUAAAAUGAAUAUCCCACUUUUAGUUAAAACAGAAAAUUUAGAACAUAAAUCAAUACAACAACCAUUAUUAAUUGGUAUGCAAAUGCCAUUAAUUGUUAAAACGGAGAGUGCGUAAGAGAAUAUUUAAUUUGUUUUUUUUUUUUAUUGAGUAGAUCUGGUAACAAUUAUUAACUAAAACAGUUUUCUUUUGAAUACGAACCCCAGAAAAAGCAAAAUUUUUGUUUUAUAAAAGAAAAACAAUGUUAAUUUUUACAAAAUUUUUUUAGACUCCCAUGGAGAUCAUAAAUUUUUUUCCUCUUAUUUGUUUAAUUUAAUUUUCUAAUUUAUUUGAAAUAAAAUUGGUUUUAAAUUAUUUUUUAAAAUACAAUUAAAUGUUACUAUAUUUAAAAAUUAAAAAAAAAUGCGCUAAAUUUUCUGAAUUUUGAUUUUUGUUAAAGUUGCAUGGAAUUCUAGAUAAAAUGAAAAUUAUU